GGUGGCGCUGAGCUCCACCACAGUUCACAUGACUGGACGUGGUGGUGUAUUCAGUCGCUGUGGCUGGGACCAACGUCUAAGCGCGUGUAUUGGUAGUUUCCGUUGACGGGACGUGCGUUAAGAGUUAACGACAGGACUCGUACCCGUGAGUUCACGCGGCGGAGCGGAGUCGACCUCCACAGGAAGAAGAGCCGCGGUGACGCCACAGUUUCAGCUAACGGUCCGUGUGAUCAAGUGCCGCUUCGCCGCCGCGUCGACCGACCUGCGCCCGCAGCGCGACCCCACACCUCCUCGGGCUUUGGGCGCUCUGCUCCAGGGGGCAACGCAGAGGAGAAGACCCCCCCCCCUCCGAAACGAUGAGACUUUCUGUCGCGGUGGCUUCGCUCCUCGUCGCCUGGUUAGCGGGUUUAGGCUGCAUUCAGGCGGUCACCCUCGAGGUGAACGAGGGGAACACCACCUGCAUCAAGGCUGAGCUCUCCGCAACCUUCUCCAUCACGUACAACAGCUCCAGCAGCACAAGAACGGUGACGGUCUCUCUGCCCAACUCCACCACGGUCGACGCAGACCGCAGCUCAUGCGGCGCAGACGGCAGCUCGCCAUGGCUGGUGGCGGUGUUUGGAACGGGCCAUGAGAUGGGGAUGAGCUUCUCAACCAACAGCGUCAUGUACAGCGUCGCGAACCUGACCCUGCAGUACAACCUCAGCGACGCCUCCGUCUUCCCGGAGGCGAACAGAUCCGACGUGGUCACUGUGGUGGUGCCUUCAGUUGGGAUCUGGGCGACGAUGAACACCACCUACCGCUGCAUGAGCCCCUCCACUUUUGUCGGCGAAGCAGCUGUCACCUUCUCCGACAUGAGGCUGGAGGCGUACAUGCCAGGAAACGACCUGAGUCCCACAGAAAGCGUGUGCACGGCAGAUCAGACCAGCACUACGGCUCCACCUACGACUGCCGGCACCACGACCACCGCGGCUCCGGCGCCGACCCCGCCAGGAACACCUGAGCGGGGAACCUACUCGGUAAACAACCUCAACGGCACGGUGUGCCUCCUGGCCCAGAUGGCACUGCAGCUCAACGUCUCCUACUUCUCUCCAUCGCAGAACAAGACCGUCCGAGAAUUAGUCAACCUGACUCCCAAUCUGACUCGUUCAUCCGGCUCAUGUGAAGCCGGCAGCGCUUCUUUGGUUUUGGCCCAGGAGGGAAGCAGCACGCUCAACUUCACCUUCACUCUGAACUCCACGAGCAACAAGUACCACCUGAGUGGGAUUGCUCUGCUUGCUAAUUUGUCAGAUGCAGCUGCUCCAUUCUCAGCCGGCAACGCGAGUCUGGACUACCUGCGCAGUACGUUGGGCCGCUCCUACAUAUGCAACGCAGAGCAAACUCUGGUUGUCGUGACAACCUUCUCUCUCAACACAUUCAGACUGCAGGUCCAACCCUUUGAAGUCACCACCAAUCAGUUUGCUACAGCGGAGGAGUGUCAGACGGACCAAGACAAGAUGCUCAUCCCCAUCGUUGUCGGAGCAGCUCUCGCCGGCCUGGUGCUGAUCGUCCUCAUUGCAUAUCUGAUAGGCAGGAGGAGGAGCCAUGCUGGAUACCAGACCAUCUGAACCAGGGAGAUGAGCGAGUAGUAGACUGUGGAGACCAGCAUGAGUUAGUGGAAGCAGUCGUUACUCUGUGGCGAGUGCAUGUUUUUGCUUAUCCUGUGACCUCUGGAUAUUUUUAUUUUCCUUUCACUUUCUCUGUGAGAUGAGAAGCCAAAGACCCGCUAGCUUCAGACGGUUUGCAUCUUGAUGAAGCUCGAGAGGACAGCGUCUUUACACAAUCAAGGAUGGAGGCAGUUGGAAAGUUGCUAUUGACUCGUCCCAUCAUGUUCUCUGAAUUGGUUGAAUUUGCUUAAACAGCUGUUUUCAGCCAUGUCAUUAUUUAUAUAAUAUGCAAUGAAAGAGGCAGGAAGAGGGUCAAAUGAACUGUAGGACAAAUGUUUCUAAGUUCUUAGUUUGUGCACAAGUAAAAACAUUUGAAGUUCGUGGAGUUUCAUUCCUCUGUCGACACAUGCUCACUAGCAUUUAUUUAACUUCAGCUGAAGAUAGUUCAGCUCUCAGAAAAGGGAAAACCCUUGAGUGUCUUUUCCAAUCACAUUCGUCCACAGGAGUCCCAGCUGCACUCAGUCUGCUCAUUGCUGUGACUGUAGUUGUCCAGCUGUACAGUGUGACUGCAUUACUAAAUGUAUUUAACAAGUGUAUUUACAAGUGAACAGGUAAAAGGAUUUUUUUUUUUUCCCAACUGGCCCACCCACCACCCGCAUCUCCUGAAAGAAAUGUUAAUAUGAAUAGUAGUGACUUGAUCUUUUAAUUUGAUAGAAAAUGGUUUGAGCUCGUUUUCUAUUAUGCAUCUUACUGAACGUUAAUAAAAAAAUCUUUUAAAACAGCA